AUGGUUCUCAUCUUUAGGUUUAUCAAUGUCUUGGCAAUGGAAGGAAGGGCGAGAAUUCUGCUUCAAGUUUUCUCGAUAGCUGUGUUCGGUAUAUCGGUCAGCCGAUCUCAAAUAGAAAACACAUUAUCGCCGGGUCAAUGCGAGUAUGAUGGACAAUAUUACCAAGAGGGCGAUAGAUUCAAAUUAGACCUCGACCCCUGCACGAGAUGCGUCUGUGAGGAAGGAAACGUUCGAUGUAAAGUCAAAUCGAGAAGUUCAUGUAAACCGGUGUCAUGUGAGAAUCCCGUCAUCAGACCAGGAAAAUGCUGCCCGCAAUGUGGAGGACCAAAAUCAAGACCCAACCCCAAACCGACACCUUCCCCAGCAGGUGAGGGAGAAGGUAUCACCGCUGCAUCUCCUACCGGGUCAAGCAUCUUGAUAAUGAGAUUACCACCCCCACCGAUUAUACCACCCCCUCCCCCAUCGGGGGGCCUUGGUUUUGGUCUUCAUAAUCAUAAUGGCACAGUCAUUCCAACUACUUUCACACCUCCAACCCCACCGCCUCCACCACCACCUCCUAUUGAUCCGAGUGGCACGUCGAGACCGACGACCGUGCCCACGCCGACGACCACGGACGAUGGUGUGUGUACUAUGUCAUGCGUGGGCAUGCAAGGUGAGCCUGGCCCACAGGGAAAACGAGGGCGACAAGGAGAUACAGGCGAUAGAGGACCAAAGGGUGCACUUGGGGAACCAGGUCUAGAUGGAGCAGAUGGAAUACCUGGUGCACAGGGACCACAAGGACCAGAGGGUUCAAUAGGAUUACCGGGUGUGGUCGGAUUGUCAGGACCCAGAGGACCAAAAGGAGCGAUAGGAAGUCCAGGCAGAAAGGGACGCACUGGAUCUGAUGGUGACCAAGGGCCACAGGGGCCCAAGGGAAUGAUGGGUAUUCAGGGACCACAGGGACCUAGAGGUUCGACAGGUAUAGGUCAGAAAGGCGAACCUGGUCUCAUGGGUCCCCGAGGCCCACCAGGAAUACAGGGCAGUGUCGGGAAGCGGGGCUUGACUGGAACCCCUGGACCACCAGGACCGAAAGGGGAUCAAGGAGAUUUUAUCACUCAAGGACGUAUCUUGAUCGUGGCUGACGAACUAGCAAUGAACAGCAUCAGCGAGGAAGCGGCCCUCGCCUACCGCCUGGACGACAGGAAGCUCUACUUCCGGGAUAACACCAACUGGAACUGUCUGAUGGCAUCCUCCGAUCUCCUGCAGGAAGUAAAGACAAUGCGUGGACCUCCAGGCCGUCAGGGGAUGCCAGGCCCUCAGGGACCGAUAGGGGAGAAGGGUGAUAAAGGUGAUACUGGCUCCGACACUGACCUCAUCAUCCCGGGACAGGAGGUUGAAUGCGGCAAUGGAGUUAUGGAACCGGGUGAACAAUGUGAUGAUGGGAAUGAAGACAUCCACGAUGGUUGCAUUGAUUGUAGACGAUCCUACUGUGGUGAUGGCUAUCGUCAACGCGGUGUUGAAGCGUGUGAUGGAACUGACUUUGAUGGAAAAACAUGCCAGUACUUCUUCCCAAAAUAUGACACGAUAGGCUCUCUGCGAUGUACAAACAGAUGUCAGAUUGAUACAGGUGGAUGCAAGGUAGUGAGAAGAAAGAGAAGAAACUUACAGACGCCGUGAUCACAUGACAGACCACCACGAUGGACGUUCUUCGCAUUCUUCAUCACUUCAUGCUAGCACCUCAUAUCAAACAAAGCCCUCUUACACAGGAAUUUUAGCAAAUAAAAAGAAGUUGAUGAAGCCAGGCCAAUAGUGAUACAAAACUAAUAACAAAAUAAUACAAGAGAUGAUAAGAUUGUUAGAACUUAAUUCAUGACUUUAUAUCAGUACAACGAAAAUGACAUGCAGUUAAUAUAGUAAGUACAUUUCUCUGGGAUAAUUAUAUUAAUGAAAUAAGUACAUAUUUCUCAAAAAAUUGCACUUAAAUGCGUUUGAGUCCUUUGAGAAUAAGACCUCUCAUCCAUUAGCUUUCACUUUAAUAUUGCCAUAUAUUUAAGAUUAUAUAAUCAAAAGAGAUUUAAACAGAUAAUACUUUCAAGUUAAGAUAAGUAAUUGUGGGUUUACAUAGUAGAAUUUGAAAAAUACUUUGGUAUAUUGUUAGAAACAAAUAAGCUUCACUUUAAGUAAUGGGAUAACUUAAUAACUUGGCUUGACAAAAAAAUAAAAAGACUUUUCUGUGUGCCUUGCACUGAACUUUGGCACUUGCCCAAUUUAUAGCUCAUUGUUUGACCUGAUUCAGAAAGCAAUAGAUAGAUGAAGAUAACGAAGAAUGUACGCGAUGUAGUUUUCUCUGAUUAAGAUCAUUCUUAUUUGCUGACCAGCAUUAAUUUGAUACACCUGCUUUAUAUUAAAGAGAGUUCCAA